AUGUCUGACUCCUCGGAUGGGCUAGGCGAGUCCAAAAGGCUUCCCUCGCAGCUGCCCUCGUUGAUGACCGAUGCUACACACUUGUACUCGCCUCAAAUGCUGGACAGAAAAGCGUCGGAUGCUUGGCCCCGCACUCCAUCUCGGCCUGUUUCAUCUCUGUGGUCAACGCCGGGCGAAUCUGUGCGGAGCACAUCGUCCCCUUUUACUCCAGAGAAGACCGGAACACCAGCGGACCAGCAAGGUCUGCCCGUCUCGCUUGGCAUCUUGUCCAUGUCGACAUAUUGCACUUUGCACCUGGUGCUGGGCGCAACGAUCUGGCUGCUUGGCCUUGUGAAUGAUUCGCUUGGGCUCGUCGGGCUGGGCUUUAUGUUUGUAUUUGAUGCUUUGGGGCUUUUAAGUACUACUUGGAUGCGCGUGCUGGACGCCAAGGCACAAAGAGAGACCAUCCAGCAUCAGAUGACGGUGCUUGCAGAGGACACUGCAGCAUCACCGACCACAGCAGAGAUUGCGCAGCCAUUUGGAUUGCGCCGAUUGGAAACUCUGCUGGAUUUUUCUCUUGUGGUCUACCUGUUGUUCGCUGCGAUUUAUAUGUGCAAAGAGAAUCUCGAGCAUGCGCUGCUCGCUGCAGGACAACCCCACGAAGAAGACCGUCAAGGUAUCCACUUGCCUGUGUUUAUCCUACUUGCAGCAAUGGUCAUGACCAUUUUUACCAAUGGGCUACUCCGCUGUCAUGCGCGUUUGGCAACUGCAUGUGGGAUGGGCUUGGACCCACGCCUUGGCUUGGACGGCCUUUCCACACGGAAAAGUAGGAACCAUGCGCGGAAUACAUCUGUACUGAGUGCACCGCUGGUUGCUGCAGGGCCAUUGUACGAUGCUGUCUCAAAUCCAUUUGGGAUGAUGACACUCUUCUUUACCCCGGUCCUUUGCUUUUGUGCCUUGUUUCUGCCUGCGACACAAGUCGCAUCUUUGGACAAGAUUUUGGCUGGUUUGCAGGGUGCGGCGAUGCUGUACAUUAGUAUCUCUGCACUCGGGCCGCUAUGCAAGGUUCUAUUACAAGCCUCGCCUUCGCAGAAGUUACCGCAGAUGUUGCACUUGCACAGAGCGCUGGAUACGAUCGAGCAGCAUGCAUUGGUAUCGCAAGUGAAGGAUGCAAAGGUAUGGCAGUUGACACUGCCGUCGCUUGCAUAUACAAAGGCCGCUGGCGGCACGGAAGGUCAGUCAGGGUUGGCAGGGAUCAUGGCUAUGAAACAGGGGUCCAAGACGCCAUCCCUGGUUGCGACCGUUCAUGUUUUGCUUAAACCAGAGGCUACUGCAGAGCAGUGUGCAGAAAUGGUACGCUACGUUAUGUCGGUCAAUAUGGACAUGGACAUGGUCAUGGUCACAAUCACAGCCAUGGUCAUCACAGCCAUGGUCCCGGUCAUGAGCACAGCCAUGGUCACGAUCACAGUCACAGUCAUGGUCACAAUCAUGAGCACAGCCAUGGUCACGAUCAUAAUCACAGCCAUGGUCCCGGUCAUGAGCAUAGCCAUGGACAUUGAGACGACCACAACGACGCCUUUCUCAUCUUCUCAACGGCAAUAG